GUGCACGUCCCUGGUUCGGGGUGCUCCAGGUUCCCGGGGGGUUCGGUUCUGUUUUAAAGAGGUUGGUUGGUGGUUAAUUGGAAAGUGGCUAAGGUUAGCUAAGCUAGCAUGGCCAGAACAUCAGCCUCAUGGGUUUAAAGGCAAGAAUCAGAACCGUUUACACUUUAACGGGUUCGGUGCUGAUCUGCUUUGCUCGCGGUUCGGAUUGUUGGGACAGAAUCCCUCCAAAGGUCAAAUUCUGGCUCAGUUUUAGGCAAACUGAACCCGCUGUGGGUUAGUUCGGUCCCGUUACCCUCAAAAUCUGAGUUCUUUGGUAAAAUGUGAAAAGUUCUGACUGCUGCCCAACCCGGUUCGGGUUAAACGGACGGGUUCGGAUCUUCAAUAGAGGCUGAAACAACAUGGUUGCUCUUCCUUUCUGGAGCAGACGUGAUUCGCUUGCUAACGGUGAAAACCAACCGACCCGGUCCGUGGAGCUGGUUCGGGGUGGUUCUGGGCGGUUGGGGUUCGGGGAAGCGGUUCGGUGUGUUAGCGCAGUGUCAUCAGAUUCCUGCCGCCUGUGUGCGCUUCAAAAUGGCCAGCAGGAGAAACCGCCGCCGGCUGCCGCACACACGCACCGCUCCUCCAUCCCACGGAGCGGGACUGCGACACCGGCGGACCCGGUCCAAUGACAGCGCCUCCACACCCACACCCGCGGUUCCGUAUGAGACCCUGAACAAACGGUUCCGAGCGGCCCAGAAGAACAUCGACCGGGAGACGAGUCACGUGACCAUGGUGGUGGCGGAGCUGGAGAAGACGCUCAGCAGCUUCCCGGUGGUUGACUCCGUGGUGUCGCUGCUGGACGGAGUGGUGGAAAAACUCAGCGCCCUGAAGAGGAAGGCUGCUGAGUCGAUUCAAGCGGAGGAUGAGAGCGCCAAGCUGUGCAAGCGUCGCAUCGAGCACCUGAAGGAGCACAGCAGCGACCAGCCGGGUUCAGUCAACCUGUGGAAGAAGAAACGCAUGGACCGCAUGAUGGUGGAGCAUCUGCUGCGCUGUGGCUACUACAACACCGCCGUCAAGCUGGCCAGGCAGAGCGGCAUAGAGGAUCUGGUGAACAUCGAGAUGUUCCUCACAGCAAAAGAGGUGGAGGAGUCUUUGGAGAGGCAGGAAACAGCCACCUGCCUCGCCUGGUGCCAUGACAACAAGUCCCGCCUCCGCAAGAUGAAGAGCUGCCUGGAGUUUAGUCUGAGAAUUCAGGAGUUUAUUGAGCUCAUCAGACAGAACAAGCGCAUGGAUGCAGUGCGACAUGCAAGGAAGCAUUUCAGUCAGGCAGAAGGAGGACAGCUGGAUGAGGUCCGGCAGGUGAUGGGCAUGCUGGCCUUCCCAUCAGAUACACACAUCUCCCCCUAUAAGGAUCUUCUGGACCCGGCUCGCUGGAAGAUGCUGAUCCAGCAGUUCAGAUACGACAACUACAGACUCCACCAGCUGGGAAACAACUCUGUGUUCACCAUCACCCUGCAGGCCGGCCUGUCCGCCAUCAAGACUCCUCAGUGCUACAAGGAGGACGGCUCCUCUAAAAACCCAGACUGCCCCGUUUGCAGCAAGUCUCUGAACAAGUUGGCGCAGCCGCUGCCGAUGGCUCACUGCGCCAACUCCAGGCUGGUGUGUAAGAUCUCUGGGGAGGUGAUGAACGAGAACAACCCGCCCAUGAUGCUGCCCAACGGAUACGUCUACGGCUACAACUCCCUGCUGUCCAUCCGCCAGGACGACAAAGUGAUCUGUCCCAGAACCAAAGAGGUGUUCAGCUUCUCUCAGGCAGAGAAGGUCUACAUCAUGUGAUCACGUCCUCCACCAUGACGACUCAGUGGAGCUGUGACCUUUCACCCCAGUAGAUAACCUCCUCUUCCUCACACACAGCUGGGCUCUUCUUCUUCUUUCAGACUGUUUAGAUGUGACUAGGAGUUGUUUGACCUGAUCCAUUCAAGCACACGGACUAUCGACAUUUUCAUUAUCUUAAAGGCCUUUACUCUGAAUAUUAGAGCCUAGAGGAAAAAGGACUGAGUGAAACUGUUAGUUAGAUGUUUGAUUUUACUACAACAAAUAAAAAAGAACUUGUAAAGGAU